UAAAAGCUCUGACAAUGCUCAAAACGAUCAGUUUCGAGUAAGCUUUUGCAAACCGCGUACUUCAGUUUUUGUGUGAACGAAACGAAAAAAACUAAUCGGAAAAAUGGCUCCUCUUAAAUUGUAUCACUUUAACGUGAGUCCUCCCUCGCGUCUGGCACUGUUGGCCAUCAGGAACUUGAAGUUAGAUGUGGAAAUUGUCGUCGUGAACACAAUGAACAAGGAACAAAUGACACCGGAAUUUAUGAAGAUCAAUCCUCAACACACAGUGCCAACAAUUGAUGAUAAUGGAUUUUACCUCUGGGAAUCUCGCGCCAUCGCUACAUAUUUGGUCUCUUCUAAGGCUCCAGGAAGCUCUCUUUACCCAACAGACGUGAAGAAGAGGGCUGUUGUGGAUGCCCGUCUAUCCUUGGAUCACGAUUUGCAAAAAGCCGCAGGCGAAGUUAUGUAUCCCAUCUAUGCAUUGGGAGCUACCACCAUUCCCGAGGACAAGAAAGAAAAGGUGUACAAGAUUCUGGGCAAUCUGAACACUUUCAUGGAAGGACAACAAUAUGUGGCCGGAAAUGAAUUGACAGUUGCUGAUCUGGCUUUUCUGGUCAAUGUAUCGACUCUUUAUGAAAUGGGCGCCAAUGUGAACAAAUUCAAGAACAUCGCUGCUUGGUACAAGAGACUCGAAUCGAUUCCUGGUUUCCAGGAGAAUCUUGAAGGCGCUCAACUGCUCGGAAAUUUCUUAAAACCAAAGUUGGAUUUGAAGGGAACUUGGGAUGAUAAAAUGGCCACUCUCAAAUUAUAUCACUUUCCCGCAAGUCCACCAUCAAGGGUGGCUCUUCUGGCCAUCAGAAACCUUAAACUGGAUGCAGAAAUUAUCGUUCUUGACAUGCUGAAAGAGGAACAUUUGUCACCAGAGUUCAAAAAAAUCAAUCCUCAACAUAAAGUGCCAACUAUUAAUGAUAAUGGAUUUAUUUUAUACGAAUCUCGAGCCAUUGCCAUGUAUUUGGCCUCGUCCAAAGCUCCAGGAAACACUCUUUAUCCAACAGAUGUGAAGAAGAAAGCUGUUGUGGAUUCCAGGCUAUUUAUGGACAUGGAUUUGCAGAUCGCGACUGGAAAUAUCAUACGUCCAGUCUUCUAUGAAGGACUAACAAGUAUUCCCGAUGACAAGAAAGAGAGGAUUUACAAGGUUCUGGGCAACCUUAAUAUAUUUUUGGAAGGACAACAGUAUGUGGCUGGAAACGAUUUAACAGUUGCUGAUCUCGCAUUUCUCGCUACAAUCUCGACUCUUUACGAAAUCGGCGCCAAUGUCAACAAAUUCAAGAACAUCGCUGCUUGGUACAAGAAACUCGAGUCAAUUCCUGGUUUCCAGGAGAAUCUUCAAGGCGCUCAAAUGCUCGGAAAUUUCAUAAAGCCAAAAUUGAAUUUGAAGGGAACUUGGGAUGAUUGAAAGUAAUAAAGCUUAAAACAGCUCACAUAUUUUCUGAUUAUAUUUAUGUAAGCAGGAGUAUUAAGAGUGUAAAUAUACAGAU